AUUUAUUAUUUAAUUCACUUUUAUUAAAUUUCCAAGACGGACGCGAACCAUUUUCUUAACCAAAUUUUAUACUUUGAAUUUUGCAAUUAAAUAUUAAUUGUUAAUUUAAUUCCCCUAUAUUUAAUUAUAUAUUUUUAAUGAUUUAUUUUAUUUUAUUUUAUUUUUCCUUUUAUUUUUCUACUUUAUUUAUUUCUCUUCUUUACCUGCAAAACCCUAAAUUCACAUCACUAGGAAGUAUUUCAGAAAUCACAUCCUAAAUUUGUUAUAUAAUUAUUUUUUUCUUUUAAUUCUUUUACGUUUUCUGUAAUUUUUUUUGGGUGAAAAAUUCAGAGUUUACCACUGAAGCUGAGUUCUAUGUCUAAAAUGGUGGAUGCACAAGUCAGAAAAGUGCAGAAAUUGUAGCUUUGAAAGCUUGAUCUUACAUUGAGGAUGAGGUGUUGGCUCUCUGGGGUUUCUGUAUAUUUUUUUCUAUAAUUUAUUGGAACCUUUUGAGCUUCAUUUUGCCCAUAUUGUAAGCUUCUUUUUCAUUUUGCAAUUAGCUUAAUUUUUUUUUUUUGUCCGGGUUUAUAUAAAUAUAUUUCUUCCCCAGGAACUGAAAUCCUUGAUGGGUCAAUUUCUAAAGUUUUAGGGGUUUAAGUGUUUCUGUAAUUAGUUUUCUUGGGUUUUUGGUGGGUUUUUCUUGUCUUGGAUUUUGUAUACAUUAGAAUGGAGGAAAAAGAAAGUUCGGCUUCUGGGGUCGCAGUGAGUGGUGAAGGAGUCCCAGAUAGCUAUAGGGUCGCCCCGAGAAACGAAAACUCGACCCAAUUUAGUGGUCCCACAGUGACAGCUGCACCAGCGCCGGCCUCGGCCUCAGCUUCGCCGGCACUGCAUAGUACGGAAGGGAAGAAGAAGAGAGGUAGGCCUAGGAAGUAUGGUCCUGACGGUAGUGUGGUUGCUACUGCAUUAUCUCCCAUGCCCAUUUCGUCCUCUAUUCCACUCACAGGAGAGUUCUCAGCUUGGAAAAAGGGUAAAACAAAACCUGUUGACUCAAUAAAAAAGUCACACAAGUACGAGACUCAUGAAAGUUCAGGAGACAAAAUAGCAUACUCAGUUGGUGCAAAUUUCACGCCUCAUGUGCUUACUGUAAAUGCUGGAGAGGAUGUUACAAUGAAGGUUAUGUCAUUCUCCCAACAAGGAGCUCGAGCUAUUUGCAUACUAUCAGCUAAUGGUACCAUUUCAAAUGUUACACUUCGGCAGCCAUCUUCAUCGGGCGGUACUUUAACAUAUGAGGGUCGGUUCGAGAUACUUUCCUUGUGCGGAUCAUAUAUGCCUACUGAAAAUGCAGGAACGAAGAGCAGAUCUGGUGGGAUGAGCGUGUCUUUGGCCGGUCCAGAUGGUAGAGUAGUGGGAGGAGGACUUGCUGGUCUGUUGGUUGCUGCUGGUCCUGUCCAGGUCGUGGUCGGUAGUUUUUUAACCGGUCACCAGCAGGAACAGAAGCCCAAGAAGCAGAGACUUGAGCCAAUAUCAGCAGCAGUUAUACCAAGUCCAGUUAUCAACUCCAUUUCUGGUGAAGAAACAAGAGUGUCAUAUGGAGUAAAGCCGGUGGUGACAUCUGCUGCCUUCAGUGUAGACAAUUCUCCGUCUCUCAAUCCCAUUCAAGGCUAUAGAAACUUGGGAGCUGAGAUUAAAUCAUCGCUAGCCGAAAACGAAUCGAAAAGCCUAAGCCAAUCGAACUGUGAGGUUUCUUGCUGAUCCCUUUUUAAUCCAGUGUGCUUGUAUUGUAGUAUCUUUAAUUAUGUCUAGCAGACUCGAAGACACAAUUAGGCUCACACAAAAUAUUGUCUGACACCCAAUAUUAGACUUGUUGGCUACUGAAGGAGGACAAAAACAAACUACGGCUUAACUUCGUCAUGCUGGUUUAACCCAAAUUUGUACUCUUAUUAUUGUUAUAAUUAUUAUUAUUAGGUUUUAGGUAGGACUUUUUAAUCAUAAGGCUUAUUUUCUGGCUGUUGUCGCCUUGUAUUUCUAAUGUUGAUGUGCUGUAACAUUUAGAUGUAUGUGUACCAAACAAAGACACUUAAUUGUCUGAUUAAGAGCUUUGUAUCUUUACGAACGAUUGAUUUGAGUGAAUGUUAUUCUGGUUA